GAGACAACAAACAGAUCAUAUACGGUUAUUACACGGGCAAUAAUAGAUUCAGUACACCCAUAAUCUUCUGUUCACCUCAUGAAUAAUCGGUGACAUUUCAGAAACAUCUGGAGGACAGUAAAGAUAUGCCCUUGCAAGUGUUUGGGUUCAUUAUUAUCAUCCAGCUGUUCCUUUGAGUCUUCCUUUAAAAGUAUUUGCUGUGGAUUACUCAGCCUUUACACAGGAAAUUAAGUGUAAUGGAAGGUGGUGCGAGAAUUGAAUCAAACUCUGAGGGAAAUCCUUAUUCUGAAAUGGAUGAAGAUAUUGAGCAACUGAGGACUAAAUGGACUUUACAAGAGGAUGAAAGUCUUGCUUCACUCGUAGGGAAGUUUGGAAGAGAUGACUGGGAGUCUGUUGCGAGCUUUCUACCUGGGCGCUCUGCACAAGGCUGUAAAUACCGCUUCACAGUUGUCAUAGACCCAGAACUCAUUAAGGGAACCUGGACCAAAGAAGAAGAUCAUAAACUCAUUAAGUUGGUGUCAUUGUAUGGUGACAAGAAUUGGAGCACAGUUGCAAAGCACUUAAAAGGUCGAAGAGGUAAACAGUGUCGAGAGCGAUGGCAUAAUCAUCUGGACCCCUCUGUGAUUAAGACACCCUGGACAGAAGAGGAAGACCUGAUAAUCAUUAAAUGCCAUUGUGUGCUGGGAACACGAUGGGCACAAAUGGCAAAAUUUCUCCAUGGAAGGACGGAUAAUUCCAUAAAAAACCAUUGGUAUGCAACACUAAAGCGUAAAAUGGACAAGGGCAUUUACAAGAUGGAAGAUAUUGAUUUGAGUGAUCUUGGACUCUACCAAUCAAUAAAAGAAAUAUCGACCUCCAAAAGUCAUGAUAAGUCAAUGAGAAGUGCAGAGCAGUUGGCCAAGGUAAAACGAGCAAGAGGGAAGACUUCAGUAAAAGACCUGAGUGCCAAUAGUCCACCCUUCUACGCUCGUUCAGAUUCACCUUCCAGCUCCAGAAGAAGUCCUCCCAUUGUGCAGUCGCAGCAUAAAGUAUUUGUUGAUGGCAUAUUGCAAAUGAUUGCUGAGGACAUGCUACCCCUCAACAUUACUGAAGGCUCUGGCUUUCGAAAUUUCUUGAAUUUAAUAGGUCAUCAGUACCCACAGGUGUCACAGCGCAUGGUGAGUUUACAACUGUAUAAUGCUGUGGAGAAGACCAUCAAGCCACAGCUGAUCCAGCAGCUCAGGAACUGCGUAUCUAUGAGUGGAGGCCACAAUGUUGUUCACAUCACUGCAGAUAUUUGGGCUAGUGAAUUUACUGAGCCACUUCUUGCAGUUCAGAUGCAUUUUCUUGAUGAUGACUGGAACAUUUGCAGACCUACUGUGGCCUUUCGCCAUUUGCAGUGUAAACAAUUUGCAUCAAAAAUCGGAGGAGAACUCGAGUCUGUACUUCUAAGCUAUGGACUCUUCACUCAUAAUAUUGGUUAUAGUAUCGUCCAUGAGGCCAAGAACAGCAUUGCAUCGCAUGAUCUUUUCUGUGACUACAAGACCAUGUAUUCUGCACAGAAGAGCGAUCCGGACGAAGAUGAAUUAUUGGAUUUUCUUGACGAUCAGGUCGCCAUAGAUGAUUUCUCUAUAGCUGAAAUUUCAUCCAGCAAACAUCUGGACUGUAUCACCACCCUACUGCAUUGUGUGAUGAAGGAGGCACUGAAGAAGUCCAGGGUCGUUGAACGUUUAUUCUUUGAGGUGCAAAGUAUGGUGUCAUUUUUUCGCCGCAGCGUCUACUGGAAGGAGGUUCUUGCAAAGAAAUGCAAAUUCUCACUUACUAGUCCUUACAGUGCAAGCAGCUAUACCUGGAAUUCUACAAUUAUCAUCUUCCGUGAAAUGAUGCAAGAGUCUGUAUGGGGCUCAGUGAUGACCGUGCUGAAUCAAGCCCGCACCGAAGCAAAAGAUGGCUCCAUUUGUCCACCGGUGGUACAAGUUACUCGUGAGCAAGUUGUGGACUUUGUUGGCUUACUGGAGCCCUUUGAAGAGGCAGUCCAGGUACUUCAGGAAGAAGGUAUCACCUUGUCCCUCAUUAUUCCUUCGAUCCUUGGACUUGAUAAAACUAUUUGGAUCAAGUCUAAGACGACAAAGUUUAGUUUUUUCUGCACAGCCCUUCGUUUUGGUCUCCGUGCUUACUUCCAACCUCUGGUUUUGCAAAGAGAUUUCAUAAUAGCCACAGUUCUGGAUCCACGAAUCAAGCUUCAACCAUUUGACAAUGGAAAAGAAAACUUCAAGAGCACCACGCUGUUUACACCUUCCAGACUGCGUGCACAUUCAGUUGUGGAGUAUGCAUUAACUGAAGCUGAAGGGUGUACUUCAGUAGAGAUGUCCUGUGUAAACCCAGAUGAUAAUACACAGUCCACUGACAUGGCAAUGAAAGUGUCUGAGCUGGAUCUCUAUUUGUCAGAGCCCCUGUGUGAUGGCCAUGUAUCCAUUCAGACCUUUUGGAAAGAAGCAAACCGCUUUCCCUGGCUGCAAAGCAUUUGCCGCAAACUGUUGGCAGUCCCUGCAUCUUCGGGUGGAUUUAAACGCCUGUUUCCUUUAGCAUCCUGUAUUGUACGGGCCCGAAGAAGCAGACUGCCUCAACACACCACAGAACGACUUCUGCUGUACAGAGAGUAUCUAAAGAAACAUGACAAAACCACAAUGGAUUAAAAAUGGAGCACUUGUCUUUUAGUCCGUUUUAAUGCUUUUUUUUUAUUUAAUAGUGAUUUAACUUUUUUCUUUACUUUUUGAACUUAACUUUCAUAAGCCUGUCAGUUUCAAUAAAGUAGAACUUAAAUUCAUGAGCUUGUGCAUUGGUUAACUUUCUUUUUAAGGCAUUAAUUCAGUAUGCUGAUAAAUUGAGCUGCGUGAGUUGAAUGCGAGUUGAAACACCGGCAAAAUGAACCGCUUUAAAAUAGUAAAAACCUAAUUUAAUCACUCCCUAUUUAUUUUAUUCUGAAUGAAAGAGAAUCUGCUAAUAUUAAACUUGACCUUUGUAUCUGGAAGUAAUUGCUCAAAGA